AUGUUGAAUUCAUUGAAAAAGUGGGUGCAAGAUGUGGCGGUCGAUCUGACACCACCAGUACCGCCACAACCAUCGACAUCUUCUCCCGCCUUAUCAUCAUCUUUAAACCCAAGGCCAACUAAUCAUUAUCAUUAUUCUUCGACACCCUCAUAUGAUCUACCACAUUUCAGUGAACAUUUACCAAAGAAUUCAUCAUCAACAAUGGGUCUCUCACGGCCUAUAUCAAUGGAUAGUGUACGUAGUACGAGACUAGUAAAAACGUCAAUACCACCGCCACCAGCAUCCCCUGCUGAACUUGAUUUAAGUCAUUUAAAUCGAGAAGAACAAGAACAUAUCGCAAAUGUAUUACGACGAGCUCGAGCUGUCGAUGAACAGCAAUCAUCCGGACCGUUGAUUGCUACUCCUUCGGCACGUUCACCGCUAGCAUCAAUAGUGUCGGCAUCAUUCUCGUCUUUAACAUCGUCAUCAUCGUCAACAUCAACAAGUAGUUUUAAUAGUGAGAAACCGGGAAAAUAUGUGCACGACGAUAAAAUUCAUGAUGACGAUGAUGAUGAUAAUGAAACACGCGACGAUCGAGAAAUCUCAUCGUCUACACCAGAAUCAACAUUAAUAACUAUUUAUCAAUGCCAAGUGUGUAACAAACAGCAACAGGGAAAUAUACCAAUUUGUUUUCAAUGUCGAGACAAUGAAGAAGUUGCACGACUAACACAAAGCAAUACAAGUCCUAUCAUGCCAACUAGAAAAUCAUUAUCUCCUAUACCGAUAGAAUUUAAUAAAGAUAACGACGAUAAAAUCUAUGAUAAUGUCACGAAAAUUGAUGAAGAACCAGUGGAACAAAAUUCGCCUACUCUUGAUGAUAUGUUCUAUGUCAGUCACCACGACACAACAUUAAUGAAUGAUAAUCAAGGCCAAAAAAAACCAGACGACGAAGAAAAUCAACAUUGUCAAUCACCACUCUUUGAAUCAAAAUCAGCAUUGACAUCGUUGACGAUGGCAAUUCCAGUGAAAACACGUAUUAAUAAUUUAACAGAAAUCGAUGAAAAUGAUUUUUUCUAUCAAGGACCAAGUCCAUAUGUAGCAACAAUUGAUAAUAUUCUAAUAUCUGAUCAAAUUACGGAAGCAUCAAUACCAUCGUAUAAAAUCGAUGAAUAUAUCGAAGAAGAUGAUCAUUAUGAACGUGACCAUGUGAAAGAAUUAGAAGAAACUAUAGCUAACUUAUCUCGACACUUUCCAGUAUCAUCACAAAAACUGAAUACUAUAGAGAUAAAUCCAAUAGUAACAAAUUUACGACAACCAUCAACAUUAUGUGUUGAUGAAAUCGACGUAGAUUCAAUUCUUGAAAUGGAAAUAGAGUCACCCCCAACAGAUGAGCGUUAUAUUCAAUCAUCUUCAUCUCUUUAUUCUACUUCAACGUCAUCUCAACAUCCUCUUAAUGCUCCUAUUACAGUACCUAUAUUAACAAAUAAUCGUCGAGGAAGUCUCAGUCGUUCAUCGGGCAUACGAGAAAAUCUAACUGAUUUACUUAUAGCAGCAAAAAAAUCGACCGAAUUAUAUCCGUCAGAUACUCGAUCAUUACAUCGAACUGCGUCCAGUCAUAGCAAGCGAAUAAUACCAAUUCAUCGACAAAAACGCAAUUUGCCUACGGUACCACUAGCGACGGAUCAUAUACAAUUGCGUCGAACUAAUUCGGAAUCUCGAUUUUGUCUUCCGGCUGUACGAUCAGCCGUUCUAAUGUCUAAUAGUAAUAUAGAUGAUGAAUGUGAUUUACUUGAAAUCGACCUGAAUGAUCCUAUGGGUUCGAUGAAAAGAACAUCUCGUUCAAAAACUGAAUCUGAAAUUAAUAUUAAUAAUGAUAUUAAUUAUGAUCGAAUAUUCUUUAAUACAACAAAUCAAUCACCAUCAUUUGAUAGAAUAUAUUUUCCUAAAACACAAAAGAAACAAUUAAAAGAUCAAACAACAAAUACACCACCGAUAUCAAAUCUUAAUUCAACAAUGAAAACAAAAAAGAAACUUAAGAAAAAAGGUUCAUCUUCACCCAAUAACUACCAUACAAGUUCAACAUAUAUCAAUGGACAAUCGACUCCAACUGCUACAUCACCAACAUUACCAAAUCCUCCUUCAAUUGUAUUACCUUCACCAGCAGCAACACCAACAACCACAGCAACUAGUACUCCUUAUCGUCCAAAAUUGCAAAAGAGUACCAGUACAGAAAUUUCCUAUCCUUUUCAAGUAUCAAAAUUAAUUUUAAGUCUUGAUAGACGAAAUACAGCUCAAAAAAAUGAUGCCAACCUUGGCCUACGUAUAACAGGCGGUCAUUCGUUACCAAAUUGUGAUGAAGUACUUGAACUUGGUGGAGUAUCAUUACGUGGGAAAAGUGCCUUAUUUGUUCAAAAUUUAAUGAAUUCAAUUCAAGAUGAAUUUGAAAUUGUUGUUCGAAGUCAACAUGUAAUACCAACAACUUCACCUCCAAUUGAAAUUCAUAAGCCAGAAAGUAUUAAAUCAAAUAAUCGCCUUGCAGUCUUACCAAAUUCAUCAUUAGCUGUUGAUCAAACUAUUCAACGAAGACAUUCCAUGGAUACAACACAACAUUCUCAGCAGCAUUCAGCAAAUAAUCCAGUUGCUAAAUCUCUAUCUACCAUGUUACCAUUACCAACAAAGGAAUCUAAUGAUGUAUCCGAUCAAUUACUUUCACCUACAAUGACUCGAAAGAAAAGUAUAUCUUCAAAAGAACGUCUUUUCUCUGUUGAAUCACUUCACCGUGCAUCAUCAAUGAAAUCAGUUGAAUAUUGUAUGAAAGCACCUGUACCGCCCACUAAUAAUAUAAAUCCGAUUCAUAAUGACACGUAUAUUGUACCUGAACAAGAACGUACACAUUCAAUGAAACGUUAUGAACAAAAGCCAAUAUCAUUAUCUGUAACAACACCUGAACAUGAAAUUCUACAUGAAGAUUCCACCAUGUCAACACAAAUAACACAACCACCUCGAAAAUAUGAACUUCGUAAUAGUUUAUUACCAAAUGAUCCAGGUUUAAAUGGAGUUGCAAGUAGUCAAAGUGUUGAUCGACGAAACUCGAAUGAAUCUGAUGAAAGUGAUAAUCUGUCGCAAUAUUUUCGUUCUCCCACUAGUCGAAAAAGUAGUUUAAUGACAACAAAUGAAGUAUCCAAUGUUCCGAAUAAAGAUCUACCUCAUGAAACUAAACCAAAUGUAUCUUCAAAUAAUAAUAAUAAUAAUACUGCCACAGUAGAUGCAUCAACUCGUUUGCAAGGCUUUAUUAAGUCACCGGAAGAACAACGACCACCGAGAGAUUCCACUGGAGGUUCAUUUAAAUUUUUAAAGAAAAAAACCAAAUCUGUUGACUUUUCCAAUCCACCAAUUGAAAUACGUGCAAAUGAUUAUGUUGGUGAUAUUGAAUUACAAAUUGGACAUAAUAGUGAACGUGAACAAUUGGUUAUACGAAUAGUUAAAGCGAAAAAUUUACUUGCAAAAGAUACGAAUGGUUAUUCUGAUCCAUUUGUUAAAGUGUAUCUACUACCAGGACGCGAUCAAGAAAAUAAACGUCGAACGAAACACAUCUCGAAAAAUUUAAAUCCUCUAUGGGAUUAUACUGUUAUCUAUGGAAAUAUGCAUCGAGAAGAAUUACAAUAUAAAAUGCUUGAAUUUACUGUUUGGGAUUAUGAUCGAUUUAAAGCAAAUGAUUUUCUCGGACAAGUAACCAUUGAUUUGAAAGACGCUAAUGUAAUUGAUGAUAAACCACAUUGGUAUCGUUUGCAAGCAUUACGUUCACGCGAAGAAGCUACAAAUCGUGGCUCAUCGCCACGUUUAUAUAAAAUGACAUCAGUUGAUUCAACAGGUUCAUCAGCAUCUGCAUUCAAUAAAAGUACGGCCAAUUUGCAACCGCCUGCCAAUCAAAAUAAAUAA